CAAUCAAAAUCAAAAGAAAACAAGAUGCCAAACAGGGCAAUUAGCAAACCCAGAUCUGGGUUUUUCUCGAACCCUUCCCCUUCCUCCCAAGAUCAGCGGCGACGAUGGUGAUGAUGACGCUGCUUCUCCUUUGUCGUCCUCUUCUGUGGAAAAGCAAGAGCAGGAGCAGGAGCAGAAUCUGGUGCGAAGGAGAACCCAGGAUCUGCAACUCGUAAACGAUCAAGGAGGAAUCAAAAAUCAAUUACCUCGAAGGGUGGAAACCAGAAUCUGGAAAGGGAAGAGAAGUCGAAAGAGAUGGAGAAGGAGAAGAAAUGUUGGGGGAAGAGUGAAGAGGAAGGGGAGAAUAAGGAAGAAGAAGGCUCUGGGUUUUCUCAAACGGCCGAGAAGCAAGCGAUGAUCGUCACCGUCGACGACAGCGAGCCAAACCUUCUGCUACUACUGUUGUCAGCCUUCUUCUUCUUCUCUCAAAUCCAAAUCUGGGUUUGAGAGAAAAAGAAGAAGGCCGACGGCAGUAGUAGCAGAAGGACCCAGAUUUGGGUUUGUAGUUUAAAUUAAAUCAAAAUAAAUUGGCUCCAACUCA